AUGAGAGAGCAGUAUUGGUGUGGGAUGACCGCCAAAAUGGGCACUGUGUUGUCAGGGGUCUUUACCAUCAUUGCCACUGACAUGUACCUCAUCUUUGAAGGAAAGCACUUACAAAGUGACACUUGUGCUGAGACCCAACAACGGAUGCAGGACAUGGAACAAAUUAUAAGUCAGUAUGUCGUGUGCUGGGGUUUCAGAAUUGUCAUCAUCAUGUCUACCAUCACCAUUGUCAUCAGCUUCUUCCUCCUGUAUUCAGUGUAUGCCCAGAUGUUCAGGGGCAUAAUGAUCUACAUCAUCUGGAUCCUUUUCUAUGAAGCUGUAAACAUUAUAAUACAAGUCUUCACCAACAGUAACUCCAGGGUGCAGGUGGUUAGAGUGAUGCGCUGGUUUGGCUUGGUGUCCCGAGUAUUCAUGCACUGUUUUUGGAUGUUCUUUGUCAUCAGCUAUAUGCACAUUCUCUACAGAAAUAAAAGCCAGGACAAUAUACAUACCUACAAGAGACAUUUUUCAGUGAACAACAGAAAGUUCCUGUGGAAUAAAUCAAAGAUAAUUGACUUUUCCCACCACUAUAAGUAA